GAAAUUUGCAGGAAACCAGUUUGCCUGUAAGCUGCCAAAUCUAUAUCCAUCUGUGUCAUUUUAUUGGGAUAGGUGAAUCAGGUGUAUGUAGCUAGAUAUCAAGAGCAAUUUUCCCAGUGAAUUCCAGUUUAAACCCUGGUUGUGGAAAUUACAGCAAUUUCAAUAGGAGAAUUCACAGUGUCUUGAUUCUCUCUCUGCAGCAUGGACAAGGACAGCCAGGAUGUUCACCAGGUACUGAAUGAGCUCAAGAACAAGUUCCAGGAGAUGAGGAAGCUGAUCAGCUCCAUGCCUGGCAUUGGGGUGAGCCCGGAGCAGCAGCAGCAGCAGCUGCAGAACCUGCGGGAGCAGGUCCGGACCAAAAACGAGCUGCUGCAGAAGUACAAGAGCCUUUGCAUGUUUGAAAUCCCCAAGGAGUAGGAAAGGCACAGCUCCUCUCUCCAGGUCUGAGAUACCUCCUGUCCAGGCUGAACAGGGUGGCAGAAGAGGACAUUUCUUUCGUUAGGUUUUGUGGCUGCAGAGCUGUGGUGUUGUGCCUGUGUGGACCAUGGGUGUGUGACACUGAGCCAGGACACCGUGUGCUCUCCUGGGACAAUGGCAGUGGCACGUUCCCUUGAUCAGCUGCAGGACUGUGCACUUACAUAUCCCAUCUCCUAUUUUCUCUUGGGGUGGGGUUCUUCUUUUUUAUGUUCAAACAAGCAAGAGACAUUUUGUUUUCUCCUCACUAAGGGUCAAAGUACCUGCUGGUGAAAAAGAGGG